AUAUGCGCCGACUCGCAAGCGUUUCACCUAUAAGUUGUCGAAGAACAAAUAAUUGCGUGCGUUGGGAUUGCGAGCUUCGGGAUUUGCUGCUGUGCUUGCUGCUGGUGUUUGUCUAGACGGGUUCGUGGGCUUCUCUUGGUUGCUAUCCAGAGUGGCUCUGCGUUGCUUUUCAUAGACACUCAUGCACGCGCAGUGGACGAAUCCGGAUUCGACGCAUGGAAAGAGGUUAGUCAGUCAGUCAGUCAGGAUGGGAUGGGAUGGCUUGGCGAAUAAGCUGUCUCGAGGUGUAGAAACUCGGUGGUCUCGACUCGAUUUGACUCGACUCGACUUGCUGUGUGUGAUUUUCUGUGGCGUUUCGUUAUAUCAUAUCAUUGUGUAUAUCUACAUCUUUGUCAUUGCAUGUGUAAAAUUAGUCGAUUGCGGAGUUUGAUGUUCGGGGGUUGAAAAUUAUCAAUCGCUUUGAUCUAUUCUA